AUGAUUCUUACUACAUUUAAUAAUAACCUCUUGCAAAGAAUCACCGAUCUUCUAUCCACGAAAUUUGCAAUUACAGAUCUUGGUAUUCUAAAGCACUUCCUUGGUGUUACAGCCAGACGCACUUCGUCUGGUCUUUUUCUAUCACAGGAAAUGUACGCCAAGGAGAUUCUUGAAAGAGAAAAUAUGUCAAACUGCAAACCCGCCUCCACACCAGUAGAAACUGGAUCCAAACUAAGCGUUGUUUUGGGGGCUCCCUUAACUGAUAGAUCUCUUUAUCGUAGCUUAGCCGGUACACUUCAAUACCUUACAUUCACACGCCCAGAUUCUACUGAUGCAGUUCAACAAGUUUGCCUAUUCAUGCAUGUGCAGCGCGAAUCACAUCUAGAGAUCCUCAAUCGAAUAUUGUGUUACCUAAAAGGAACAAUCCAUCAUGGCCUUUACUUUCGAGCUAACCAAUCACUAAAGCUUACACAGUACACAUAUGCCGAUUCGGGAGGAUGUCCAGACUCCCUCAUAUCCACUUCAGGCUACUGUGUGAUUUUGGGUGAUAAUCUAAUAUCAAGGUCAGGCAAGUGA